AUGGAAACUGGGGAAACUAAGGAACUGAGAAUAUCUAGUUUUAAAAUGUAAAUAAACAAUUCAGAUACCCAAAAGGCAUCCUCAAAAAAGAACGAAUCAGUUUGCAGCAUGUUAAGCACCAAGAGCGAAAUUACAGAGUAGCAGUUUGACUCGAGCAAGUAAAUGAUGAAUGAUGACUCAAUUGAGUAAAAAUUGAGUGCGUUUUAGGGCUCUAUAGAUGAAGACUCAGAAAUCAAGGAUUAGAAAGAGGAGGAUUUCAUUUUAAAUGUCUUGCCCUUAAGAGAACUAUAAGAAAAGGAAAAAUAAUUAUGUCUGCAUUCUUAGAUUUUUAUCCGAAAAUACUCCUCGUGCAUUAAGAAAAAGAUACUUCUGAACGCCCUUAACAUGACUCUAGUUAGGCAAGGCAAGGGCAUUAGUCUCCAGCAGCAAACUCAAACAGCCGAAGAUCAAUCCUAUUAGACGGAAUUCUUAGUAUUGAUUAAUUAAGGGAAGUACCCUUAACCUAUGGUAGAAUUAACAGCUCCUAUCUACUCUUAACUAAUCAUGUAGCACCCAGAAUUCCAGUUACUUAUGCUACACGAACACCCUCUUAUUCUAGAAUACUUCUCUGAUAACAUUCAGCUUCUUUACUGGCUCGAUAGGUUGAGGCCUAUAAUUUAAAAGGAAUGGAGUCAGCAUUAAGAGGUGAAGCCGUGCUAUAUUCAACAAGACAAUAACAAUGAGGUAUUUGUGAGCAAGAAAUACCCUCAUUUUUGCUGGCAUAAAGCUAAAAGACUACUGUCAAUGAGUAUUCUAGAAAUGCAGGCAGAUAUGGUUCAAAAUCCAAACUAAAAUGGUGCCUAAGCUAGUCAAUACGAAUCGUAGUAUAUAGCAGAAUCUAUAGGACUCAUAAAAGAACAAAAGGGAAUCUCAAAGUUAAAAAUUUCAAAGGCGAUGAGAUAGGUGAAAGAUUCUAAGGGUUUGAAGAAAUUGAAAAAAUUGCCAGAGAUGUUAACUAUGGGUCUUAACCAAGUAUAAUUUUCAGAUGACUGUCACUUUAAAAGGGAGCAAGAUCAAUUAAACCCUUCUCUAUAGAAUUAACUCAUUCCGUUUACUAUUGAUUAAGAUACAAUACUCUAAUCAUCAAAUAAUAGUAAAUAGCAAGGAAUAAAGAAAAGAGUUGAGAAAAAAGAAUAAUUUUUAGUAUGCUCUUAUUGCAAGGGUGUCUAUCAUUUGUGCUGUAUUGUUACCUAGCAUAGAUGGAACUUUACAAAAGAGUAGAAUACAGCUUAGCAUCUAAAAGGCCAAGAUUUUUCUAAAAAGAGAAAUAUUAAUAUAGUCACUAAAGAUGAAUUAGAAUUAGACAGUAAAGAACAGGCAAAACUAAAAAGAGGCAGAAAGAGAAAGAGUCCUACCUAGCUCGAUGACCUCUACUAGGACAUUUAGUCUAAUCCUUCAUGUCAGUAAAUACCCUAAUCAGAGAGGAAGCAGUCAAUUGUCAAAGGUAAUUUAAGUAGCACUAACUAAAAGGCUUCUAAUUUGAAAUAGCUGGAUGAUAUGACUAAAGACGAAGUUAGUUAAUUCUUAACAAGAAUCGGAUACUCUGGUGAAAAAGGCUGUAAAUGGGCUUGCAAGAACUGUAUAUUCGGAUUUUUGAUUGAUCAUCUUUCCUCAGGUGGAGAUCCUAGAUUUGCCAAUGAAGUAGCUCAAACCGACCUCCGCAUAGAAUAAAUUUAAUCACCAGAAAAGAGUUAGAUUAUAGAUAAGGCAAACUACAAAUAGAAAAAGUAAUGA